AAACGGAAUAGAUAACAGCAUACUGGGAAAGCGUCCUUCCUGACACGCAGUUCGGAGUGGUACUUUUAGUUGUAAUCGCUUUGUUUCAUAUCUAUUUCCCCUCAGACAUGCUUUGAGUGUGAAUAUGGCAUUUUUGCUCAAUGAUCUUUCAGCGUCUGUAGUCGCAACCAGUGUUUUUGUGGCUAUCCUGAGCUACUUAACCUACCGCCUGCUCACAGGACACCUUCUCCAGUUUUAUCAGCUGAGGAGUAUUCCAGAGUUCGCAACCUCGUACCCCUUCAUUGGACACGCGCUGAUUCUAAAAAGAAAUGCUGGAGAUUUCUUCAGCCAAAUUGUUGAGGCGACAGAAGAGUUCCGUAGCAGUCCACUGUUGAAAAUAUGGGUCGGACCGGUCCCCAUGCUGAUGCUCUACCACCCGGAAACGGUUGAGGCUCUUCUGAACAACUCAGUUCACAUUGACAAGGGCCACUUAUACACCUUUCUUCACCCAUGGCUGGGCACAGGUUUACUUACAAGCACCGGGCCUAAGUGGCGCCAGCGAAGAAAGAUGCUGACUCCUACCUUCCACUUCUCCAUCCUGUUGGAGUUCCUGGAGGUGAUGAACGAGCAGGCUGACAUCCUGGUGGAGAAGCUUGGCAGGGAGGUGGGGGAGGGCCCCUUUGACUGCUUCCAAACCAUUACCCUGUGUGCGCUGGACAUCAUCUGUGAGACUGCAAUGGGGAAGAAAAUGUAUGCCCAAAGUAAUUCAGAAUCCAAUUAUGUCCAGAGUGUGUACAAGAUGAGUGACAUCAUCCUUCGGAGGCAGAAGGAGCCCUGGUUCUGGUGGGACGUCAGCUACAACCUUUUCGGCGAGGGGCUGGAGCACAACCGGAGACUAAAGACCCUCCAUGAAGUCACCUCCAAUGUGAUUCAUGAGAGGGCGAACCAACUCCGUUUGGAGGAGGAGGACUCUGACGGUGUUCCGGAGAACGGGACCAGGAAGAGGCGGGCCUUCCUGGACAUGCUCCUGAAGACGGUGGAUGAGGGAGGGAACAAGCUGACCCACAGGGAUAUCCAGGAGGAGGUGGACACCUUCAUGUUCGAGGGCCAUGACACGACCGCCGCCGCAAUGAACUGGACCGUGCACCUGCUGGGUUCACACCCAGAGGUGCAGAGGAAGGUACAUCGGGAGAUCGACGAGGUUUUCGGCAGGUCCAAACGAUCCAUUACCAUGGAGGACCUGAAGGAGCUCAAGUACCUGGACUGCGUCAUCAAGGAGUCCCUGCGGAUCUUCCCCUCAGUGCCCUUAUUCGCCCGGACACUCUGUGACGACAUCGUCAUUAACGGCUUCAAGGUGCCCAAAGGAGCCAACGCCAUCGUCCUGUCCUACGCCCUCCACCGGGACCCCCGCUACUUCCCCAACCCCGAGGAAUUCCAGCCAGAGCGCUUCCUGCCAGAGAACUCCGUCGGCAGACCCCCAUACGCAUACAUACCCUUCUCUGCUGGCCUUCGGAACUGCAUCGGCCAGCGUUUCGCCAUGAUGGAGGAGAAAGUGGUUCUGGCGUCCAUCUUGCGCUCCUUCAACAUCGAGGCGUGUCAGAAACGGGAGGAGCUCCGACCCUUCGCAGAUCUAAUCCUGCGGCCAUCGAACGGCAUCCUCAUCAAGCUGGAGAGGAGGGAGUAGAUCUCUGGUGGUCCCAUGCUGUUCCUCUGGGAGCUGCCAGAAGCUUGUUCCCCCCUCCCGAUGAGGAGAAACCUCUCACCUCGACUAAGACAGAGGAGCUGCAUCUUGAUUAAGCAGCAAUACUUUUAGUUUGAGGUUGAAUUUGAAUAAUUAAUGCAAUUUUCUGUGGCCACAAUUGUAAGAGGGCUGCUUUGAAUAACACAUUUGAUGUGAAAAAAUGUGUACUCAAUAAAGUAUAUCCAGUAAUCAAAAAAUGUCACUCAACAUUUACGUUU